AUGAAGCGUCUCCUUUCGACCCUAGAACGUUUGGGCACCCUCGUGUAUAUCUAUCUAUCUCUGCAAAAAGGGUGGAUAUAUUUUGUUUUUUUUUUGUCUGGCGAAAUUUGUUUUUGUUCUUCAUUUUCAAUUUCUCCUUUUUUUUUUGUUCCUUUUCUAUUUAUUUAUUGGUUAUAUUCCAUUUUUACGAAGAUUUCGCCAUCAUGUUCUUGUGCAAAGAUUAAACUAUUCUUUUUUUUUUCAUUCAAUUGUUUAGUUCUUUCUACUUCUCCCUUUCUCCAAUUUCUCUCCUAUUCGCAUCUAUCUCUUUCACCCUCAGUUUUCCCUCUCUCUCAUUCUCUCUUAAUUUCACAUCCCCACCUUUCUCUCUCAGUUUCUCCUCUCUCUCUUUCUUUCUUAAUUUCACAUCCCCACCUUUCUCUCUCAGUUUCUUCACUCUCUCUCUCUUUCUCUUUCAAUGUCGCAUCUCCAACUUUCUCUCUCAGUUUCUCCUCUCUCUCUCUCUCUUUCUCUCUUAAUUUCACAUCUCCGCCUUUCUCUGUCAGUUUCUCCUCUCUCUCUUUCUCUCUUAGUUUCUCAUCUCCACCUUUCUCUGUCAGUUACUCCUCUCUCUCUUUCUCUCUUAAUUUCGCAUCUCCACCUUUCUCUCUCAGUUUCUUCUCUCUCUCUUUAUCUCUUAAUUUCACAUCAACUUUCUCUCUUAGUUUCUCCUCUCUCUAUUAA